ACCAUUUUCACCGAAAUGGACAUCCUUCAGCACGAGGGUGACGAGCUGGAGUGGAAGGAGUCAGCCAGGUGGGUGAAGUUCGAGGAGAAGGUGGAGGAGGGCGGAGAGAGGUGGAGCAAGCCACACGUCUCCACCCUGUCCCUGCACAGCCUGUUUGAGCUGCGCACCUGCCUGCAGACCGGGACCAUCCUGCUGGACCUGGAGGGAUACUCCCUGCCUCAGAUCGUGGAGGAGGUUGUGGAGAGGCAGGUGGAGGACGGGCUCAUUGCUCCCGACCUGAGGGACAAGAUCGUCUACGUCCUCCUGAGGAAGCACCGACACCAGACCAAGAAACCUAUCCACCGCUCUCUGGCUGACAUUGGGAAGACCUCCUCAUCCUCCAGCCGAAGCCCAGCCCGUAGCCCUACCUCAGGGGGGGGGCUCCACCGCUCCACAGAGGACCUGCGCAGCAAGCAGGCGGGCAGCUAUGGCCGUCUGCAUCAUGCCCAGAGUCGGAGUAUGAAUGAUAUUUCAGACACACCCAGCACAGACCAGCUGAAGAAUAAGUUCAUGAAGAAGAUUCCCCGCGAUGCGGAAGCCUCCAAUGUGCUGGUGGGGGAGGUGGACUUCCUGGAAAAGCCAUUUGUGGCAUUCAUCCGCUUAGCACAGGCCACCACCCUGGGGGGGCUGACCGAGGUUCCCGUGCCAACCAGGUUCCUGUUUAUGUUACUGGGGCCUCAGGGCAAAGGGAAGUCCUACAAUGAGAUUGGCCGAGCCAUUGCCACUCUGAUGGUGGAUGACCUCUUCAGUGAUGUGGCCUAUAAGGCUCGUGACCGUGAUGACCUCAUUGCUGGCAUUGACGAGUUCCUGGAUGAGGUGAUUGUGCUGCCACCAGGAGAGUGGGACCCCAAAAUCCGUAUCGAGCCCCCCAAGAAACUGCCCUCCGCAGACAUGAGGAAGUCAGUCUUCUCCCUAAACGAGUUGGGCCAGAUGAACGGGGCAGCAGGAGGGGGAGGGGGUGCUGCGGAGGAUGAGGAAAUGCCAGCACCCCACGAACUGGGAGAGGAGCUGGCGUUCACUGGGAGGUUCUGUGGCGGCCUGAUACUGGACAUUAAGCGGAAACUGCCCUGGUUCGCCAGCGACUUCUACGACGGCUUCCACAUCCAGUCCAUCUCGGCCGUGCUCUUCAUCUACCUGGGCUGCAUCACCAACGCCAUCACCUUCGGAGGACUGCUGGGAGACGCCACUGACAACUACCAGGGUGUGAUGGAGAGCUUCCUGGGCACGGCCCUGGCGGGGACGGUCUUCUGCGUGUUCGGCGGCCAGCCCCUCAUCAUCCUCAGCUCCACCGGGCCCAUCCUCAUCUUCGAGAAGCUGCUCUUUGAAUUCAGCAAGAGCAACAAAAUUGACUACAUGGAGCUACGACUGUGGAUCGGCCUCCACUCCUGCCUACAGUGCUUUAUCCUGGUCGCCACGGAUGCCAGCUACAUCAUCAAGUACAUGACACGCUUCACGGAGGAGGGCUUCUCCAGCCUCAUCUCCUUCAUCUUCAUCUCCGACGCCAUCAAGAAGAUGGUGGGCUCCUUCAAGUACUACCCCAUCAACAGGGACUUCAAGCCAGACUACAUCACUACGUACAAGUGCGAGUGCCUGGCCCCCAACCCAGUGGCUUCAAUUAUUGCCAAUAUCUCAACUUCAGUGGCAGUGGACAACAGCACUAACCUCUCUGUGGUGAGUGUUUACAAUGUGACAGCCCUGGACUGGAGUCAGCUCAGCAAGAAGGAGUGCCUGAAGUACGGGGGCACCCUGAUGGGGAAGUCCUGCAAGUACGUGCCCGACUUGGCCCUCAUGUCCUUCAUCCUCUUCUUCGGCACCUACUCCAUGACCGUCACGCUCAAGAAGUUCAAGUUCAGCCGAUACUUCCCCACCAAGUGCCGUACCCUGAUCAGUGACUUUUCCAUCAUUAUUUCCAUCCUGGUCUUCUGUGUGCUGGACUUCCUCCUGUCCCUGGACACCCCCAAACUGCAUGUUCCCACUGAGAUAAAGCCCACACGCCCUGACCGUGGCUGGGUGGUGCAGCCAUUUGGCAAGAACCCCUGGUGGAUAUACUUGGCCAGCUUCGUCCCGGCCCUCCUCGUCACCAUCCUCAUCUUCAUGGACCAGCAGAUCAGCGCCGUCAUUGUCAACCGCAAGGAGAACAAACUGAAGAAAGGGUGCGGCUACCACCUGGACCUGCUCUGGGUGGGCAUCCUGAUGGUGACCUGCUCCUUCAUGGGCUUGCCGUGGUACGUGGCGGCGACCGUCAUCUCCAUCGCCCACAUCGACUCCCUCAAGAUGGAGAGCGAGUCCAGUGCCCCGGGGGAGCAGCCGCAGUUCCUGGGAGUGAGGGAGCAGAGGCUGACAGGAACCCUGGUGUUUGUAUUGACCGGAGUUUCCAUCUUCCUUGCUCCCAUCCUCCAGUACAUCCCCAUGCCAGUGCUCUACGGUGUCUUCCUGUACAUGGGAGUGGCCUCUCUCAGUGGUAUCCAGUUCUGGGACCGGAUUAAGCUGUACCUGAUGCCAGCGAAGCACCAGCCGGAUUUCACCUACCUGCGGCACGUGCCCCUGCGUCGGGUCCACCUCUUCACCCUGGUGCAGAUCACCUGCCUGGCUGUGCUCUGGAUCCUCAAGUCCACUGUGGCAGCCAUCAUCUUCCCAGUCAUGAUCCUAGGCCUGAUGGUGGUGCGGAAGUUGCUAGACCUGGUGUUCUCCCAGCACGACCUCGCCUGGCUGGACGACAUCCUCCCCGACAAGGAAAAGAAGAAGAAGGAGGACGAGAAAGAGAAAAAGACAGACAAGAAGAAAUCCAGAGGAGAGGAUGAUGUCGACAUGGAGGAGAGAUACCACCCUUACUCUAACUGCUCAGCAGAUGAGUCUGACCUGGACCGCAGCAUCACUCUGCACCUGAAGAUCUCCUGUCCUCCGUCCCCCGCCGGGCCCCUGACCCACGGAGCCGGUCCCCCGCCUCAGGUCAAGAUUGAGCUGGAGACUGACAGCGAGGACAAUGACACUUACCCCCGCCUGCGGGACGUAAGCAGCGAGACCACACUGUAGGGGGCGCUAGAGGACCGAUGGGACUAUAGGCAAGGCUAACGCAUGGAUAUACCUGGGGCCUAACUCUACACACUUAACACGCAGAGUGCUGACACACACACAACAUUUAUCCCCAUUUCUUGAGACGGCGAACAGUAAAGAGCAGGUUAGAGCGACACACGCUCAUAGACUGAGACACUGUCGAAAUAAGGACCCUGCUCGUUUUUAGCUUUCGCUUCCUUACUCCCAUGCAGCCCCAGUGCUGUCUCAAAUUCUAGUCUUAAAGCCAGUGGAAUUCUUAUUUACUAUUUUAACAGGGUAUAUACUUCUCAACACUUCGAUGCUCGCUGUAUAAAAUGAACUUGGAGUUUAUCUAUUUGUACACAAAAAUGCAUACACACACAUUUUGCACUUGAGAGCUUAUGAGUGAGAUAUGCAUUUGCAUGCGGUUGGUGGAAACACCCGUCCUCCUCACUGCCCUAUGAAGAGGACGCUCAUGCAUGUAUUCUCCAGUCCAUGUCUGUGUACUUUCCUCUGUUUGUCACUCUUUUUCCAAAGCCACCUUCAUUGCAAUCUACAGUCCACAGUGUGUAAUCACGUUUAUGUAAUCACGUUUUCCCAAAAGAAAAAAGAAACAACCAAAAAAAAAAAUAGUGUCAAACCAAUCCCUGUAACCCUAUUGUUUUUAACUAUUGUAAAAAUUAAAAAGAAUAUCUAAAAUAUCUGUAUCCUAACAGUUUUAAUUAUAUACUGUAUGUGAAAAUAAUAGUGUCUCUGCGUGUGACUGUGGGUAUGUGUGCAUGUGAAAAAUAUUGAUCUCUGUAUAUUUA